GGCAAGCUGAUGGUGGGGACAUGAUUCAUUUUUGCGUCCUGAGAGCUGCCACAGGAAGUUCGGCACAAAAAUUACUGAUUUCUGAGGUACUUAUCUGAGAACCCGAUCUCCAGAAUUCCUGCACCUCCGGUUCUGUUUCUUAUUUGGGAUCAUGGAGGGGAGCGGUGAGGCACCUAUGAGUUCCUUCAUCAUGGAUGAGGAGACUUUAAAGAGAAAACAGAGAGAAAAACUCAAGAAACUCCAGGCUACCGGCGGAAACCCGCGGCCCGCGCGCUCCCUCCUCUUCCUCACGCUGAAGAAUCCCUUCCGCAAGGCCUGCAUUAACAUCGUAGAGUGGAAACCAUUUGAAAUCAUCAUCCUCCUCACCAUCUUCGCAAACUGCGUAGCUCUCGCUGUUUUCAUGCCAAUGCCUGAAGAAGAUACAAAUAACACCAACAGCAACCUAGAAAGUCUUGAGUACAUAUUUCUUAUCAUAUUCACUAUGGAAUGUUUCCUGAAGAUCGUUGCAUAUGGAUUUCUCUUUCAUGCAGACGCGUAUUUACGGAACUGCUGGAAUAUAUUAGACUUUGUCAUUGUAACAAUGGGGUUGUUCACUAUUGUGGUGGACUUCAUCAAUAACAUCAGUGGUGUGGAGGCUCCAGUGGAACAAAAAGGUGGUUUUGACAUGAAAGCCCUCAGAGCAUUCAGGGUCUUGCGGCCCCUUCGCCUCGUAUCUGGGGUCCCCAGUCUGCAGGUAGUGAUGAGUUCUGUUCUCAAGUCCAUGCUGCCCCUGUUCCACAUCUCCCUGCUGGUCUUCUUCAUGGUCACCAUCUAUGCCAUCAUUGGCCUGGAGCUUUUUAAAUGCAAAAUGCAUAAAACAUGUUACUACACUGGCACAGAUGUCAUUGCUACAGUUGAAAAUGAGAAGGCAUCUCCGUGUGCUCAGGCUGGUAACGGUCGUAGCUGUACUCUGAACGGAACUGAGUGUCGUGGGGGUUGGCCCGGGCCCAAUAACGGCAUCACUCACUUUGAUAAUCUGGGUUUCUCCAUGCUCACUGUAUACCAGUGCAUCACCACUCAGGGCUGGACAGAUGUUCUGUACUGGGUGAAUGAUGCAAUCGGAAUGGAAUGGCCCUGGUUGUAUUUUGUGACUUUGAUUCUGUUGGGUUCAUUCUUCAUCCUGAAUCUUGUUCUGGGGGUUCUGUGUGGUGAAUUCACUAAGGAGAGAGAGAAGAGUUCUCGGAGUGGCGAAUAUCAACAAUUACGAGAGCGUCAACAGUUUGAUGAGGAUCUGAAGGGGUACAUGGAGUGGAUCACACAGGCAGAAGUCAUGGACAAUGACCAGGAGGGCCAAGGUCUGCUCCCACUGCAGAAGGACGGAUCCGAGACGGAGAGUCUCUAUGAGCUUGAAGGACUGAAUAAACUCAUGUACUACGUUCGUCAUGCACGACGCUGGAACCGUUUUUUCAGAAGGAAGUGUCGUGUUUGGGUAAAGUCCAGGCUGUUCUACUGGUUGGUAAUUUUCCUGGUGUUCUUCAACACUCUGGCCAUCACAACAGAACAUCAUCAACAGUCUGAAUCCCUCACCAAGUUCCAAGACAAUACCAAUAAGGUGCUGUUGUCUCUGUUUGCGGUGGAAAUGUUUCUGAAGAUGUAUGCAAUGGGACUGCCGUCGUACUUCAUGUCUCUCUUCAACCGUUUCGACUGCUUUGUGGUGUCUGUGGGGAUCCUGGAGCUCAUUCUUGUAAACAUGGAUGUCAUGUCCGUCAUGGGGAUCUCCAUACUGCGCUGUAUUCGGCUACUGCGUCUCAUCAAAGUCACAAGGUACUGGACGACCCUCAGUAAUCUCGUGGCAUCCCUCUUAAACUCGGUGCGCUCCAUCGCCUCCCUGCUGCUUCUCCUCUUCCUCUUCAUUGUUAUCUUCGCUCUGCUCGGCAUGCAGGUGUUCGGGGGAAAGUUUAAUUUUUCAGAUCAGAAUGUGAGACGGAGCAAUUUUGACAAUUUUCCUCAGGCACUCAUCACAGUUUUCCAGAUUCUGACAGGUGAGGACUGGAACUCUGUCAUGUAUGAUGGAAUCAUGGCUCAUGGAGGUCCAGCAAUACCUGGAAUCUUGGUUAGCAUUUACUUCAUAAUCCUAUUCAUCUGCGGAAACUACAUCCUCCUGAACGUGUUCCUGGCAAUUGCGGUGGAUAAUCUGGCAGAGGCCGAAAGCCUGACUUCUGCUCAGAAAGAGAAGGCAGAGGAGAAGAAACGCAAAAAGCUUCUCAGAGAAAACCUCCCUGAUAAGGUAGAGGAAGAGAAGGCUAUGUUGGCGAAGAAACUAGCUGAGCAGAGAGCCAAGAUUGAAGGAAUUCCCACCACAGCUAAGCUCAAAGUGGAUGAAUUUGAAUCAAACGUAAAUGAGAUUAAAGAUCCAUUUCCACCAGCCGAUUUUCCAGGUGACGAUGAGGAGGAGGAGCCAGAGAUUCCCCUCAGCCCUCGACCUCGUCCAAUGGCAGACCUGCAGCUGAAGGAGACAGUGGUGCCCAUGCCAGAGGCCAGUUCCUUCUUCAUCUUCGGCCCACAGAACAAGUUCCGUAAACUCUGCCAUUGCAUCAUCAAUGCCACAACCUUUACCAACAUCAUCCUCCUCUUCAUCCUGCUCAGCAGUAUCUCACUGGCUGCCGAGGAUCCUAUUGACCCGAUGUCUUUCAGGAACCAGGUCCUGGCCUAUGCUGAUAUCGUAUUCACCUCGGUUUUUACUGCAGAGAUUGUGCUGAAGAUGACCACGUAUGGUGCCAUUUUACACAAGGGCUCUUUCUGUCGUAAUUCCUUCAACAUCCUGGAUUUGAUUGUUGUUGGGGUCUCCCUGUUGUCCAUGGGAAUGGAGUCAAGUGCCAUCUCUGUGGUAAAGAUUCUCAGAGUCCUGAGAGUGUUGAGACCUUUAAGAGCCAUAAAUAGAGCCAAAGGUCUGAAGCACGUGGUCCAGUGUGUGUUUGUGGCCAUCAAGACCAUCGGCAACAUCGUUUUAGUCACGAUGCUCCUGGAUUUCGUGUUCGCCUGCAUUGGGGUUCAGCUUUUCAAGGGGAAAUUCUACGCUUGCACAGACCCACUCAAAAUGACGGCGGUAGAAUGCAGAGGAACGUUUAUAAAACACCAGGAGAACGCUCUUCACGACAUGGUGCUCCGGGAGCGCAAGUGGAUCAACAGCGACUUAAACUUUGAUAACAUUCUGAAUGGCAUGCUGGCCCUCUUCACGGUUUCAACAUUCGAGGGCUGGCCAAAGUUGUUGUAUAAAGCCAUCGACUCUAAUCUGGAGGAUGUCGGCCCCAUUUACAACAACCGCAUUGAGAUUUCCAUCUUCUUCAUCGUCUACCUCAUCCUCAUCGCCUUCUUCAUGAUGAACAUCUUUGUUGGCUUUGUAAUUGUCACUUUUCAGGAACAGGGAGAGCAGGAGUACAAAAACUGUGAGCUGGACAAAAAUCAGCGUCAGUGUGUCCAGUACGCCUUGAAGGCCCGUCCUCUGAGGUGCUACAUCCCUAAGAACCCCUAUCAGUACCAGGUGUGGUACAUCGUCACUUCCUGUUACUUUGAGUACCUGAUGUUUCUUCUCAUCAUGCUCAACACUAUGUGUCUAGGGAUGCAGCAUUGCAACCAGUCAGAUCACAUCACGCAUCUGUCUGACAUGCUGAACAUCAUCUUCACUGUCCUGUUUACGGUGGAAAUGAUCCUCAAACUUGGUGCCUUCAAAGCCAAAGGUUACUUUGGAGACCCCUGGAAUGUCUUUGAUUUCGUCAUCGUGGUGGGCAGUAUUGUUGACGUCAUACUGAGUGAAAUUGAUGCUGCUCUAGCUGCUCAAGGUGGACUUUACUGUCUUACGGGCUGUUCUGAAGUGAAUCCAAUGCAAGCGAUAGCAGAUUCUGAGAAUAUGAGCGUGUCGAUCACAUUGUUCCGACUCUUCCGUGUCAUGCGUCUGGUGAAACUCCUGAAUCGUUUUGAGGGGAUUCGUAACCUGCUGUGGACCUUCAUCAAAUCAUUUCAGGCUUUGCCAUAUGUGGCUCUUCUCAUCGUCAUGCUGUUCUUCAUCUACGCCGUCAUCGGCAUGCAGGUGUUUGGCAAAAUCGCGCUAAUAGACGGAACUGUGAUCAACCGCAACAGCAACUUCCAGACGUUUCCUCAAGCUGUUCUUCUGCUGUUCAGGAGUGCUACAGGUGAGGCGUGGCAGGAAAUAAUGUUGGGCUGUUUGUACGGUCAGCGCUGUGACCCAAAAUCAGAUUACCUACCUGGAGAAGAGUACACCUGUGGCUCUGGAUUCGCUGUUUUGUACUUCAUGAGUUUUUACAUGCUAUGUGCUUUCCUGAUCAUUAACCUGUUUGUGGCUGUGAUCAUGGACAACUUUGACUAUCUGACCCGUGAUUGGUCGAUUCUGGGGCCGCAUCAUUUAGAUGAGUUUAAGAAGAUCUGGGCUGAAUAUGACCCUGAGGCCACGGGACGCAUUAAACACCUGGAUGUUGUGACAUUAUUGAGGAGAAUCCAGCCACCGCUUGGGUUUGGAAAGUUCUGUCCCCAUCGUGUUGCCUGUAAGAGACUGAUUUCCAUGAACAUGCCAUUAAACAGCGAUGGAACUGUAACGUUUAACGCCACUCUGUUCGCCCUGGUCCGAACGGCACUGAAAAUCAAAACAGAAGGUAAUUUUGAGCAGGCCAAUGAGGAGCUGCGUGCAAUUAUUAAGAAGAUUUGGAAACGGACCAGUAUGAAACUGCUGGACCAGGUCAUCCCACCAAUCGGAGAUGAUGAGGUCACAGUGGGGAAGUUUUAUGCCACCUUCCUGAUCCAAGACCACUUCAGGAAGUUCAUGAAGCGUCAGGAGGAAUAUUACGGAUACCGACCGACAAAGAAAAACAAAAACACCACAGAGAUACAGGCGGGUCUGAGAAGCAUUGAGGACGAAGCCGCCCCCGAGCUGCAGCGGGCGAUCUCUGGAGAUCUUCUGAACGAUGAGGAGAUGGACAGAGCGAUGGAUGAAGCCGCAGAGGAGGGAAUCUACAGGCGAGCAGGUGGCCUGUUUGGGAAUCAUGUGGAUCCGUUUAAUAUGGAGCGAGGAACCCCGAUGCCCACCCAGGUGACCAGUCAGCGCCCUCUACAGAUCACAGACAGCAGAACAGAUGAGACGGAGGCCUCACCCAGCUCGCCCUCCUAUCUGACUUACCAUGCCAACACGAAUAACAACAACACAAACAAUAACAGCACCAGACAGAGAUGUGAUCUACAUUUCUCAUCUGGCACCAGUGCAUCCAGACAUUAUGGUUCUGUGAGUGCAGCUGACUUCCUCAUUCAAGAGGCUCUGCUCGCUGGAGGGUUGGAGGGUCUGGCCAGCGACUGUCGCUUCGUGUCUGUAACGAAGGCAGAGAUGGCCGCGGCCCUGAGCAUGGAUGUCAACGUGCUGGAGAGGAAUUCAGCAGCCAUUCUUAACAAACGUAGAGGCCCGUGUGUUGUUAGAGAGAGGUCCUCUCCUCCAGAUAUUGCACACUGCUUGGUGUAGUGCUCAUCAGAGGUUUCUGAUUGGGCCUGACCUGAGACAAACUGACGCUGAGUUAUCAGUUGGCUCACAGUUUCUUCACUGAUUGUGGGGGGAAAUCUGUGGAAGGGGUUUAAAUAUGGUAAAUAUUACUUGGAGCCGAGAGUACACUCUUAUUGGUAGCUUGAAAGCAUUGUCAAAUAAGGUAAAAUGUGAAUAUUUGUAUUUAAACAAUAUUUAUUUAAACUAAUUUUUGAACAAUUAGGAAAGCAUUCAAAUUUAAGUUUUUUUUUCAGUUCUGCGGGCACCAGUCUGUAGAGUCCUAGUCAUCUGGACUGUCUAACUGAGGACUUUAACAGAGCCAGUAUUUAGAGAUGAGAAUGUUAUCUCAGAUAGAGUUAAUUCUUCACCUGAUGGGACUAAACAUAACUUUAGGAUUCUUCUUUGAAUUUGUUUUGCACUGCGAGAAAGGUUAGAAAUUGUAUCCAAUCGCAUUACUUGACAUUGUUGUUCUAACAUAGAAAACAAUAAAACAUUACUUUACUCUGAAUUUUUAAACGCUUGCCUGUUUCUCACAACAUAGUUUGAGUGUCUGUAGUUCUGUCGAAUCUUCAGCUUUUUUACAAGACGAUUGUAAUUACCUUGGUAACGGAACUUUUCACUAAAAUAUUGAGUGAAAACACAUGAAAAA